UUGACGUCGCAACUUAACGUAGUUACAAACUUCCUUCCCACGACAGAAAGAGAGCGGGGAAAUUUGACACUCAUCGAGUAUUGCUACCAAGUAACACUAGUUAGUAGGUAAAGGUAGUUUGUGACAGUUUGUUUCGGGAGUCUAAAAGGGUUUAUUUCUCAAAACAUUAUCGAUUUAUCCCGCCGUCUGACCCAAAAUGAGAACUUUAGAAGAGGUUCAGGCCACUCUGCAGAUCGCCAAGCUGAAAGAGGAGGAUCUACAGAAAACUAUUCACUGUCUGUCUUUUGGGGAAAACGUCUCAUCUGCAGACUACUGCCUGAUGGAGCUGGACGACACACUGUGCAAACACAUUGAAGCUGGGCAAAGUCUAGUGAUUCGAGGGGAUAAGGAUGAGCGUGCAGUUCUCUGUAGCGGUGACAAGACGUAUGAUCUAAAAAUAGCCGACACAUCUAACCUGCUGCUGUUUGUACCGGGAUGCAGAACCCCGGACCAACUAACUAACAGCCAGGACAGCCCUCAUUUGGCGCACACUCAGAUCUGGGGAUUUUGUAACAGCUACUGGGAACUGAGGAAACAGCGUCCUAAACUGAAGAAACUGAAGAAGCUUUUAAUGGAGAAUCCUUAUGAAGGACCUGCUUUAGGGGGGCAGGAGGAGAAUACAGAAAACAGGUACACAAUGCAGGAUCUGUUGGAGAGGAUCCAGGCCAGUGAAGAGGAGACAAAGACCCAAUUAGAGAUCAUCCAUGCCUGUCAGAUAGAUGGCUACUGGCGCGUGCUGGACUUUGAUUACGAGAUGAAGCUACUCGGUCAUGUGACUCAGCUGGUAGAUUCUGAGUCGUGGUCCUUCAACAAGGUUCCCCUUCAAACCAGUCUGGAAGAGUUAGCUCCACUGGAACCCAAAGAGAUGAUCGAGCACUGUUUGAACUGCUAUGGGAAACGCUAUACUGAAAACGACAAAGUUUUUUAUGCGCUACACGAGGAUAAAGUAUGUCGUGGCGUGGCGCUACUGCUGCUGCAAAACGCUGUCAAGUUCAACCUGAGGGAGUUUCAGGAAGUCUGGCAGCAGAGUGUCCCAGAGGGCAUGAGCACAAGACUGGACCAGCUAAAGAGUGUCGCCCUUGUGGACCGCACCUCCCGUCCAGAGACCAUCUGCCUGCUGCGAGUGGAGGAUCUCCCAGAGGACACGCUGGAGCGCUUCAACCACCUCUUCACACUCCGUGAGAAAUGGACAGAAGACGACAUCACGCCAUAUAUACAGGACCUGUGUGGAGAGAAACAGACCACCGGAGCCCUCCUGACCAAAUAUGCUCGAUCUUCAAUGCAAAAUGGGAUCAAGGUCUUCAACUCCAGAAGGCCUGUGGCUACAUGAACAUGUCCACUGUCAAGAAAUUAAUUUCACAUUUGAAAAUAAAUGUGGUUAUGUUUAUUCCCAGAGUGACUUUU